AUGGACUCUCAACCGUCUGAAACCGCAGGCUCUUCAUUUGAGCGCCGACGGAUGCCGUACUCUUCCUCACUGCCGUCGGAGCGAACCGAGACGUUCAGACGACCAGAGUCUCGGUCGGCCGACAAUAGCACGGCCGCAGAGGAAAAAGCAGAAGCUUCAAGCCCCCAAGCGAAACCGCAAAGUCGUCGCUACGGCCCACGGACCUGUCGAAUAUGUCUCGAUACGGAGCACCCCAAAUUCCCCACGAACAUCCCAAGGGCAUUUGGCGUGUCGACAUCGUCGUCGCGGCCAGUAUACGAAUCGGACGACCCGGAGCUAGGCCGGCUCCUGUCACCUUGCAAGUGUAAGGGCUCGUCGAGAUAUGUUCACGAGGGGUGUCUCGACGCAUGGCGGUUGACGAACCACACUGCCACGAGAAACUACUGGCAAUGCCCGACAUGCAAGUUCACAUAUCGAUUGGCGCGGCUGCAUUGGGCGUCGAGGCUCAGCAGCAAAUACGCGCAGAUUUUCCUGACAGUAGUGGUUCUCGUCGUCAGCCUCUUUAUUCUAGGAUUUAUUGCAGAUCCCAUCAUGGACUUGUGGUUUGAUCCUGUAGGUUCCAUUGCAGAUACGGUAUCCAGUGUUGUGUCAGAUCUGGAUGCCGUGCGGCCGCCGGUAUACGAGGAGCCCAGCACGUGGACUGAGCAUUUCACAAAGGGCUUCUUUUCCCUGGGGCUGAUCGGCGCCAUCAAGUCCUUUGUCGCAAUGGGUCCGUGGCAUUGGAUCAACUUCCGUGCCGGCGGGCUCUUCGGGUCUGGCAGACGCGGCGGCACUGGCAGGAGCAGGAUGGACAACUUCAACCUGCUCUUUGUCAUCAUUGGAGCACUUACGUUUAUGAUGGCAGUGUGGAGGUUUGUCAAGGCCAUGAGUGCGCGGAUUCUGACCAAUGUCAGCAAUAAAGUUAUGGAUGUGGGUGACGACGAUGACGAUGACGAUGAUGAAGCGAUGCGAGACGGCGGCGAUGCUGGUACAAGCUAA